UUUCACUUCAUCAUAGUCCGUGGCAUCAAAACUGUCCAUUGCCACAUAAGCUGCCCUGGCUCGGCCGGUAAGAUAUGGCACCAGGUACACAGCCCAGUUGGCUCUCGGCCACCUAUAGGCGACAGCAAGUCGUUCAAAAGUUGUGAGGUACUGUUCAAUGUCGUCCCCCUCUUCCAGCUUUGGCACUGCUGCUCUGGUCCAGGCCACUGGGGACGGCGCUGCUGGGUCGAUUGCUGGAUACAGUGAGGCUGCUGGAACUGACACAGGAAAUGGUACGGCCGACGUCACCCCCGGAUUCAGCAGAACUUCAGGUGGCACCGUUGGAUGCUGUGACACUGGUGGUGUGGCUGCCGGACUCCGCUGGGCUUCUGGAGACGGCACUGGUGGUCUGGCAGCCGGACUCCGCUGGGCUUCUGGAGAUGGCACUGGUGGUCUGACUGGCAGUGCUGGUACAGCGGCAUCAAACACAGGUCGCUGACGCCCCUGUCGCCCAGAGUCCAACUCAUCCCACACAUUGUUCAACUGGACCUGAACGCUACGCCACCUCUGUUCAUGCUUGUAGGACUCAUGCGCUUGGGUCUUGAUAGCAGUCUGUAGCAGGUUGUACAGUGAACGCAGGUCAAGCUCCCCGGACACUUCAGCUGCUCCUCCUGUGGCUCCACCCUCAGCAUCAUCAGCUGAGCGCUGGAAUCUCUCUACUUCCACCAAGUCCUCCUCAUCACAAGGAAGCUCCAUUGAGUCAGCUUUGGUCCG